CAUGCGCCGUGCGGCCCGGCCAUGUCGCGCCUCCCGCAGCGGGGCCUUAUCCUGGCGGCCCGGGGCUGGCGCGGCGCCGCAGUUUGCAAGUCAUGUGCUCUCCGAAGAUUUUCCAUCCAGCCUGCCCAGCAGAAGAAGAUUCCAAACCGGUACUUGGGGCAGCCCAGCCCCUUCACACACCCACAUCUGCUCAAACCAGGAGAGGUAACCCCAGGAUUGUCACAGGUGGAAUAUGCUCUUCGCCGACACAAACUGAUGGUGUCGAUCCAGAAGGAAGCCCAAGGCUGCGACGGUUUGGACCACACAGUGAUUCUGCUGUCCAACCCCACGUACUACAUGAGCAAUGACAUCCCCUAUAUUUUCCACCAGGACACUAAUUUCCUGUACCUCUGUGGGUUUCAGGAGCCUGACAGCAUCCUGGUGCUGCAGAGCAUUCCUGGCAAAGCGCUGCCAUCUCACAAAUCCAUACUUUUUGUGCCCCGGAGGGAUCCAAAUCGAGAGCUGUGGGAUGGGCCCAGAUCAGGCCCGGAUGGGGCAAUUGCUCUCACAGGAGUAGAUGAAGCUUACACCAUUGAGGAGUUCAGGCACUUGGUGGCCAAGCUGAAAGGUGAGUCCAACGUGGUUUGGUAUGACUUGAGAAAACCAGUGCAUGCAGAGCUGCACUCUGACUACAUGCAGCCCCUGGCUGAGGUAAAAGCUCGGAGCAAAAACCGCAUCCAGGCCGUUCGACAUCUCGUGCAGAACCUUCGGCUGAUCAAAUCCCCGGCGGAGAUUGAGAGGAUGAAGAUAGCUGGCCGGGUGACAGCUGAGGCUUUCACAGAGACUAUGUUUGCCAGUAAAACCCCUGUGGAUGAAGCCUUUCUGUAUGCAAAGUUUGAAUUCGAGUGCCGGGCUCGUGGUGCUGACAUCUUGGCAUACCCCCCUGUUGUUGCUGGUGGCAACAGAUCAAACACUUUGCACUAUGUGAAGAAUAAUCAGCUCAUUAAGGAUGGUGAACUGGUCUUGCUAGAUGGUGGAUGUGAAUUUUCCUGCUAUGUGAGUGACAUCACACGUACCUGGCCUGUCAAUGGAAGGUUCACCAAACCCCAAGCAGAACUGUAUCAAGCUGUCCUGGAUAUCCAGAAGUCCUGCUUGAGCCUCUGCUCUCCUGGCAUGAGUCUGGAAAAUAUCUACAGCCUCAUGCUGAGCCUUAUUGGACAGAAACUGAAAGACUUGGGUGUCCUGGACAGCAGCAUCACUGACAGCCAUUUCUUCAAGGCUGUUCGAAAAUACUGCCCUCAUCAUGUGGGCCAUUACUUGGGUAUGGAUGUUCACGACACCCCAGAUAUAUCCCGAUCAAUCCCGUUCCAGCCAGGCAUGGUGAUAACCAUUGAACCAGGCAUUUAUAUCCCUGAGGAUGAUGUGAGUGCUCCGGAGAAGUUUCGUGGCAUUGGUGUGCGCAUUGAGGAUGAUGUGGUGAUAACAGAGGAUGCACCUCUUGUCCUGUCUGCUGACUGUCCCAAGGACAUCUACCACCUUGAGCAGAUCUGUGGCCGCAGCUCAUGAUGUCCCUUCUCUGCCCCUUUCAUCCUCCUUGGGGGACACAGCCCCACAGGGAUGCAGAUCCCUUAGCUGGCUGUAGUUGCCACAUGAUGGAAGGCAUGGACAGUUGAUGACUGUUUCCAAGAUUGGGACUGGGCAGUGGAAUGCAAAAGGCUUGGAUACUGAGGGAUGAAAAAACAAAGUAACCUUCUCUGUGUGCAGUUUUCUUCUGAUUUGUGCUGAUGUGGAUUCAUCCCUCUGCUGCUGUGUGGAUCCAUGUGUUCUGGGGCCCUUUGGGGGGUUGAAUUUUGUCAGUGCCACCAGAUGCAUAGGUACAACAGCUGAGACCAAUGACCCCUUUUUUCCCCCUUAGCAGCAGUUUCACAGCAGUCAGAUUUUUAAAAGGAGGCUUUUAUAAAUGCUGGUUUUGGAUGAAAAAGUGUCAGCUUGAAUUUUGUAGAACCAUGUAAGGAGAGAGUCUGGUAAUCAGGGAGGUGGGUUUGGUGGAGAGGUGGUUGUAUCUGAAGCCAGUGGAGAAUUCUUUUAGUAUUUUAAAGAUAAGGAUGUGUUUAGGCCUUGUUCAGGCACAUGCAAAAUAGGCCUGCAGCAGGGAAAAACACCUUGUCUUUCAGCUUUUUGGAGUGUUUGGUAAUUUCAAAAAGUACAAAUAGGGCUCAGAAGGGUAGACAUACCUAUUCUUGCUGCCUUCCACAUUCCCUUCCUUUUGUCCCAAAGGUCCAUUCCUUUUUCCUGCUCUGAGUCUCUCUACCCUACGAAGCAGGGCCAUGUUGAUUAUGCUGGACUGCACUGGUGAGCUGUUGGUUGUCUCCCAAAUGUGAGGUGUCCAGUUCUGGGACAAUCACAGCACCUUCCUGGCCUCUGCUUGCUGUGUGCUGCAAGUGCCAGUGACUUCAGCAGUGGAGUUUUGAAGAAUCUGCCCUAUGGCGAGUGUCAAGUCUCAACAUGGCUUUUAUGUGGAAUUAAUUGGAAUUAAAAUAAUUCUUCUUUGCUGAA